CUCAUUGUUCUAUCUACACCACCACAGCACUUUUUUUGUUCAAGUAUAUGUGUCAACUGGCUUAAGCUGUUAUUGUUUUAAAAUAUGGAUAGCUAUCAUUUUUUGUAGUUAUUACCGUUUGGUGUAUUAUUUUUCCUGAAGGUCGCUAGCUGUAGAUAGGGACUCGGCAAAAACGAUAUGCAUAGUUUGAAGUCUUACUCAAAGAAGGGAAAACGAAACUGCCAACUGUGAUUCACAAAUCACGCUCCUCUGCCGGGUAGGUUGAUGACGGGUACCUAUCUAGUCACAUUGCUGGCUAGGUUUAUUUAUUGUGUCAUCUCUUUCUUGCAAUUAGCCAAAAACAUGAAUCAAAACAUUGUAGUGGAUGCUUGACAGACGCCCAAGCCCAUGGACGGUAAUGGUAGCUACAGUUACAAUGGCUAUUCGCAUUAACUAGCUACAGUUUUAUAAGUAGGCUAGCUAAGUCUGUUCCUGUAAUUGACGUUAAGUUAACUACAGUUCCCCCCCCAAAUCCCCCCAAGUCAGAAGUUGUAUAUUUACCUGAGUAACAUGUCACUACUAGGUACACUCCUCUCUGGCUAACCUGGAGUUUGUGAUGACUCCUCAUUCUGUCUAGGUCAGGUGUCUAAAGUCUUCCAGAUAAGAUGGUGAAGAGGAGGCAGAAAGGUCCUAGAGAGGACGAAGUGAUUGACCUGACUGGUAGGGUAUCUCUCUCUCACACACACACACACACACACACACACACACACCAAUACACAAAUACAGGACAGAUACAAUGUAAUUAUUACCUACCAUUAGCUAGUCUAACUGUGUCCCUCUCACUGCAGGUCCAUCGUGCAGCCAUAUCCGUAAAGGUGUAGACCACAGCUUCCUGAAGAAGCCUGGGAUAGACUACACCCGUAACAGCUGCCAAGACUGUAAGGAUGAAGAGCCGGCUGCCGCUGGAGAGGAUCCAUCAGAGGAGAUGAGAGAAACACCGAUGAUAUGGAUGUGCUUAAAAUGCGGACACAGAGUAAGGGUCCAUGGAUACAUUAGAUUGUAGAGAGGCGUGUGCGUGCGCGUGAGAAAUGUACUUGUACUAACAGUCUUUCUGGGUUGCCAGGGAUGUGGGCGUACCUCUGAGGAUCAGCAUGCCAUCAAGCACUAUGAGAAGCCUCGGUCAGACCCUCACUGUCUGGUGCUCAGCCUGGACAACUGGAGCGUCUGGUGAGGGGAUGGAACACUGUGUCUGCGACUCUGCUUCCCAAAUCGGGACCCUAUUCCCAACAUAGUGCACCAUGUAUGGGCUCUGGUCCCAAAAAAAAUAGUGCACUAUGUAGGGAAUAGGGUGUCAUUUGGGACGGGCCCUGUUCCGCUAUCAAAUCAAAUCAAAUGUUAUUUGUCACAUACACGUGUUUAGCAGAUGUCAUAGCGGGUGUAGCGAAAUGCUUGUGCUUCUAGCUCCGACAGUGCAGUAAUAUCUUACAAUUUCAAAUUGAUAUCUAACAAUUUCAAACUGGGUCCAGGAGGUUUUUACUGACCAUGUCCCGCGACCAGAAGAAAAGGGCCCAGAGUUUUUCUUGAGAAGGUUGCGUGGUCAGGGUAAACUCCCGACCCUCUAUCACUCUCACUGAAGACUGCACAUGUAGAAGAAUGACAUAUUGUACACAAGGAUCAGUGUAUGGUAUUGAAUAACAGCUUGGUGACAGGCCCCAUAACUAGGCACAGGAGUUUUACCUGACUACAUGAGCUGACCAGGCAAAACUCUGCGUCAAAGUUUAUAACCAUGAUAAUACAAAAUUACUAUUAUUUAUAAUUUCAUAUUUUAAAGUGCGUUCACCACAUUACGCUACACUGUACGCUAGUUGUUUUGUCAAAUCGUCACAUUAUUUUGCACCUCACCAUUUUGCAUGCCUGACCAUUGUCUUGUGUGGUCUUGGCCUAUAGGUGUUACAUCUGUGACGACGAUGUCCAGUACUCUAAAACAGGCCAUCUGGCUCAGCUGGUGAACAACGUUAAGAAACAGGCCUUGUCUGAGCCCCGGAACCAAAGUCCACAGAGAAGUGAGUCCCAUAUCUAGACUACGUUCCUGUUGGACUUUUAGUGUGCCUUAUCUUUGAUCAUUUUUAAUGUUGUCUCUGUUUGGAGCAGCCUUCUACUUUUGAAUGAAUUCUACCGCAAUACGACUGAGCAACAUGAUUAGAUGAGCAUCGGAUUUGACUAGUAUUGUAUGGUAAAUUCAUUAUUGUAACGAUUAUUACGUUGCGAUUUGACUCCAGAGCAUUCAACAGUGAAGCUGGAAGACAGCCUGAUAGAAGAGCCACAGGAAACCAAGCCAGAAGUAAAAGAAGAGAAGGAGAACGCAGUGACACAACCGAAAGAAAACCAGAAGAAGAACGCCAAGAAAGAGAAAGAGAGCUGCAGUUUGACUAAAGAUCAGAAGGCAGGGGGAGGAGCCAGCAGCGGUGCAGUGUCAGUAAGAGGACUCAGUAACCUUGGAAACACCUGUUUCUUCAACUCUGUUGUUCAGGUAAGGAGCCUUGAAGGGCUGUGUCCGGAAUGGCACACUAUUCCCUACAUAGUGCACUACUUUUGACCAGAGCCCUAUUGGGCCCCAUAUAGUGCACUACUUUUGACCCCUAUUGGUCCUGGUCAAAAAAUAGCACACUAUGUAGGUAUUUGGAAACCCUUUCGUACACAGCCUUGGUCUGAAUGUGACAGUUCAGUUUGUUACUAUUGGUAUUUAUUGGUAGGCUUAUUUCUGAAUGAUAUGUGUAGAGUCAUAUACCAUUGUUCUCCGUGUUUCUAUUGCAGACCCUCUCUCAGACACAGAUGUUGAGAGAGGUCAUCAACAAGGUGACAGCUGAAGAGAAGACCAGUGUCACCAUCACGCCUGGAGUCUCCUCAGACCUGGUAGGUUCCCUUUCUCUCCUGGUAGAUCUCCUCACCUCUCUUCACCUGGAGUCUCCUCAGGCCUGGUAGGUUCCCUUUCUCUCCUGGUAGAUCUCCUCACCUCUCUUCACCUGGAGUCUCCUCAGACCUGGUAGGUUCCCUUUCUCUCCUGGUAGAUCUCCUCACCUCUCUUCACCUGUGAGUCUCCUCAGACCUGGUAGGUUCCCUUUCUCUCCUGGUAGAUCUCCUCACCUCUCUUCACCUGGAGUCUCCUCAGACCUGGUAGGUUCCCUUUCUCUCCUGGUAGAUCUCCUCACCUCUCUUCAUCUGGAGUCUCCUCAGACCUGGUAGGUUCCCUUUCUCUCCUGGUAGAUCUCCUCACCUCUCUUCACCUGGAGUCUCCUCAGACCUGGUAGGUUCCCUUUCUCUCAUGGUAGAUCUCACCUCUCUUCACCUGUGAGUCUCCUCAGACCUGGUAGGUUCCCUUUCUCUCCUGGUAGAUCUCCUCACCUCUCUUCACCUGGAGUCUCCUCAGACCUGGUAGGUUCCCUUUCUCUCCUGGUAGAUCUCUUCACCUGGAGUCUCCUCAGACCUGGUAGGUUCCCUUUCUCUCCUGGUAGAUCUCCUCACCUCUCUUCACCUGGAGUCUCCUCAGACCUGGUAGGUUCCCUUUCUCUCCUGGUAGAUCUCCUCACCUCUCUUCACCUGUGAGUCUCCUCAGACCUGGUAGGUUCCCUUUCUCUCCUGGUAGAUCUCCUCACCAUACUACUCUGUACUUGUUGUGUACGUUUUUAUGUGGAUCCCAGGAAGAGUAGCUGCUGCAUGUGCAGAGGAGGAGAUUCAGUAGAUCACACCGUAGCAAAACGUUUUCUCCUGACUGACCCCCAGCUAGGUCUGUCUUAUACUUCCAACGGAAUACCCUGUUCUGUUGUUGUUGAUGAUGCUGUUUCCUCCAGGAACCCAUUCGGGUGCAGCUAGGUCCUCCGGGGUCUCUGACCAUGGCGAUGUGUCAGACUCUGAACGAAAUCCAGGAGACUAAGAAAGGGGUGGUCACCCCGAGAGAACUCUUCAGUCAGGUCUGCAAAAAGUGAGUAGUGAGAUUUACAUAUUAAUAUCGCUUCAGAUUUCUGCCUUCAAGUUAAAGUUUCUGUUGAAAUCAGCACUCUUACAUCAGAAAGGUUUUCCCUCUCCCUCUUCUCUCCGUCUGAUCUCCAUCUCUCUCCUCUGUCUCCCUCUCCCCCCCCCCUCCCUCCAUUCUUUAUUUCUCUCUCUUCUCUCUCUCUCUCUCUCUCUCUCAUCUCUCUCCUCCUCAUCUCCUCUCUCUCUCUCUCUCCUCUCUCUCUCUCUCUCUCUCUCGCUCUCUCUCUCUCCCCCCCUCCCCCCCCCCUCUCCUCCCCUCCCCUCCCCAGAGCGGUGAGGUUUAAAGGGUUUCAGCAGCAGGAUAGCCAGGAGCUUCUCCGCUACCUGCUGGAUGGGAUGAGAGCUGAAGAGAUGAAAGUAAGACUGUUUACCAGAUCUCACUACUGCUACACUGGUAACCAAUAGGCUACAGACACACAGGAGAUCGAGUGAGGGGGAAAAAAGUAUUUGAUCCCCUACUGAUUUUUGUACAUUUGCCCACUGACAAAGACAUGAUCAGUCUAUAAUUUUAAUGGUAGGUUUAUUUGAACAGUGAGAGUCAGAAUAACAACAAAAGAAUCCAGAAAAACGCAUGUAAAUUUUUUUAUAAAUUGAUUUGCAUUUUAAUGAGGGAAAUAAGUAUUUGACCCCCUCUCAAUCAGAAAGAUGUCUGGCUCCCAGGUGUCUUUUAUACAGGUAACGAGCUGAGAUUAGGAGCACACUCUUAAAGGGAGUGCUCCUAAUCUCAGCUUGUUACCUGUAUAAAAGACACCUGUCCACAGAAGCAAUCAAUCAAUCAGAUUCCAAACUCUCCACCAUGGCCAAGACCAAAGAGCUCUCCAAGGAUGUCAGGGACAAGAUUGUAGACCUACACAAGGCUGGAAUGGGCUAAAAGACCAUUGCCAAGGAGCUUGGUGAGAAGGUGACAACAGUUUGUGCGAUUAUUCGCAAAUGGAAGAAACACAAAUGUACUGUCAAUCUCCCUCGGCCUGGGGCUCCAUGCAAGAUCUCACCUCGUGGAGUUGCAAUGAUCAUGAGAACGGUGAGGAAUCAGCCCAGAACUACACGGGAGGAUCUUGUCAAUGAUCUCAAGGCAGCUGGGACCAUAGUCACCAAGAAAACAAUUGGUAACACACUACGCCGUGAAGGACUGAAAUCCUGCAGCGCCCGCAAGGUCCCCUGCUCAAGAAAGCACAUAUACAUGCCCGUCUGAAGUUUGCCAAUGAACAUCUGAAUGAUUCAGAGAACUGGGUGAAAGUGUUGUGGUCAGAUGAGACCAAAAUCGAGCUCUUUGGCAUCAACUCAACUCGCCGUGUUUGGAGGAGGAGGAAUGCUGCCUAUGACCCCAAGAACACCAUCCUCACCGUCAAACAUGGAGGUGGAAACAUUAUGCUUUGGGGGUGUUUUUCUGCUAAGGGGACAGGACAAGUUCACUGCAUCAAAGGGACGAUGGACGGGGCCAUGUACCGUCAAAUCUUGGGUGAGAACCUCCUUCCCUCAGCCAGGGCAUUGAAAAUGGGUCGUGGAUGGGUAUUCCAGCAUGACAAUGACCCAAAACACAUGGCCAAGGCGACAAAGGAGUGGCUCAAUAAGAAGCACAUUAAGUUCCUGGAGUGGCCUAGCCAGUCUCCAGACCUUAACCCCAUAGAAAAUCUGUGGAGGGAGCUGAAGGUUUGAGUUGCCAAACGUCAACCUCGAAACCUUAAUGACUCGGAGAAGAUCUGCAAAGAGGAGUGGAACAAAAUCCCUCCUGAGAUAUGUGCAAACCUGGUGGCCAACUACAAGAAAUGUCUGACCUCUGUGAUUGCCAACAAGGGUUUUGCCACCAAGUACUAAGUCAUGUUUUGCAGAGGGGUCAAAUACUUAUUUCCCUCAUUAAAAUGCAAAUCAAUUCAUAACAUUUUUGACAUGCGUUUUUCUUGAUUUUAUUGUUGGCAUUCUGUCUCUCACUGUUCAAAUAAACCUACCAUUUAAAAUUAUAGACUGAUCAUGUCUUUGUCAGUGGGCAAACGUACAAAAUCAGCAGGGGAUCAAAUACUUUUUUACCCUCACUGUAACUGUUUUAGUGAUCUUUAAAGAUGUAAUGAUCUGUUUAUAAUUCAACAUAUUUAGUUCGAACAUUGGGAUGUAAAUUUAUUACAGUUAUUUAGCUGAACAGGAUGAAUUUGUACCAAGCCUCACAAAUUAGAUUUCCCUUUCCUCUAAAUGAAAUCCUGUUUUGCUGUAGCAUUAUAUACACGUCUCAUCCUCUUUCUCCAGAGACUGAGCUCUGGAAUAUCGGAAGCACUGAAAAAACACGGAAGAGAUGCUGAACAAUCUAAGACUUUAGUCAAGGGUAAGGCUAGUGGUUCCGCCUCUGCGUUGCUUCCUGUUUGGGUUUUUUAGGCUGGGAAUCUGAAAAGCACUUUGUGAAAACUGCUGAUGUAAAAAGGGCUUAAACCGUGCAAUCGGAAAGUAUUCAGACCCCCCCUUCACUUUUUCAAAAUGUUACAGCCUUAUUCAAAAAUUGAUUACAUCGUUUCUUCCCCCUCAUCAAUCUACACACACUACCCAAUAAUGGCAAAGCAAAAAAAACGGUUUUUAGAGAAAACGGAAAUAUGAUAUUCAGUAUUCAGACCCUUUACUCAGUACUUUGUUGAAGCAUAUUUGGCAGCGAUUACAGCCUCGAGUCAUCUUGGGUAUGACCCUACAAGCUUGGCACACCUGUAUUUGGGGAGUUUCUCCCAUUCUUCUCUGCAGAUCCUCUCAAGCUCUGUCAGGUUGGAUGGGGAGCGUCGCUGCACAGCUAUUUUCAGGUCUCUCCAGAGAUAUUCGAUCGGGUUCAAGUCCGGGCUCUGGCUGGGCCACUCAAGGACAUUGAGACUUUAUCCCAAAGCCCCUCCUGCAUUGUCUUGGCUGUGUGCUUAGAGUCGUUGUCCUUUUGGAAGGUGAACCUUCGCCCCAGUCUGAGGUCCUGAGCGCUCUGGAGCAGGUUUUCAUCAAGGAUCUCUGUACUUGGCGGCAUUCAUCUUUCCCUCGAUCCUGACUAGUUUCCCAGUCCCUGCCGCUGAAAAACAUCCCCACAGCAUGAUGCUGCCACCACCAUGCUUCACCGUAGGGAUGGUAUUGGCCAGGUGAUGAUGAGCGGUGCCUGGUUUUCCUCCAGAUGUGACGCUUGGCAUUCGGGUCAAAGAGUUCAAUCUUGGUUUCAUCAGACCAGAGAAUCUUGUUUCUCAUGGGUCUGAGAGUCCUUUAGGUGCCUUUUGGUAAACUCCAAGCGGGCUGUCAUGUGCCUUUUACUGAGGAGUGGCUUCCGUCUGGCCACUCUACCAUAUAGGCCUGAUUGUUGGAGUGCUGCAGAGUUGGUUGUCCUUCUGGAAGGUUCUCCCAUCUCCACAGAGGAACUCUGGAGCUCUGUCAGAGUGACCAUCAGGUUCUUGGUCACCUCCCUGACCAAGACCCUUGUCCCCUGAUUCCUCAGUUUGGCCGGGCGGCCCGCUCUAGGAAGGGUCUUGGUGGUUCCAAACUUCUUCCAUUUAAGAAUGAUGGAGGCCACUGUGUUCAGGGUGACCUUCAAUGCUGCGGAAAUGUGUCUCAACACAAUCCUGUCUCAGAGCUCUACGGACAAUUCCUUCAGACAGAUAAUUUCUCUUAUAAUUCACUGUAUCACAAUUCCAGUGGGUCAGAAGUUUACAUACACUAAGUUGACUGUGCCUUCAAACAACUUGGAAAAUUCCAGAAAAUGAUGUCAUGGCUUUAGAAGCUUCUGAUAGGCUAAUUGACAUAAUUUGAGUCAAUUGGAGGUGUACCUGUGGAUGUAUUUCAAGGCCUACCUUCAAACGCAGUGCCUCUUUGCUUGGCAUCAUGGGAAAAUCAAAAGAAAUCAGCCAAGACCUCAGAAAAAAAUGUGUAAACCUCCACAAGUCUGGUUCAUCCUUGGGAGCAAUUUCCAAACGCCUGAAGAUACCACGUUCAUCUGUACAAACAAUAGUACGCAAGUAUAAACACCAUGGGACCACGCAGCCGUCAUACUGCUCAGGAAGGAGACGCGUUCUGUCUCCUAGAGAUUAACGUACUUUGAUGCGAAAAGUGCAAAUCAAUCCCAGAACAACAGUGAAGGACCUUGUGAAGAUGCUGGAGGAAACAGGUACAAAAGUAUCUAUAUCCACAGUAAAACGAGUCCUAUAUCGACAUAACCUGAAAGGCCGCUCAGCAAGGAAGAAGCCACUGCUCCAAAACCGCCAUAAAAAAGCCAGACUACGGUUUGCUACUGCACAUGGGGACAAAGAUCAUACUUUUUGGAGAAAUGUUCUCUGGUCUGAUGAAACAAAAAUAGAACUGUUUGGCCAUAAUGACCAUCGUUAUGUUUGGAGGAAAAAGGGGUAGGCUUGCAAGCCGAAGAACACCAUCCCAACCGUGAAGCACGGGGGUGGCAGCAUUAUGCUGUGGGGGUGCUUUGCUGCAGGAGGGACUGGUGCACUUCACAAAAUAGAUGGCAUCAUGAGGACGGAAAAUGAUGUGGAUAUAUUGAAGCAACAUCUCAAGACAUCAGUCAGGAAGUUAAAGCUUGGUCGAAAAUGGGUCUUCCAAAUGGACAAUGAACCCAAACAUACUUCCAAAGUAAGGCUUAAGGACAACAAAGUCAAGGUAUUGGAGUGGCCAUCACAAAGCCCUGACCUCAAUCCUAUAGAAAAUGUGUGGGCAGAACUGAAAAAGUGUGUGCGAGCAAGGAGGCCUACAAACCUGACUCAGUUACACCAGCUCUGUCAGGAGGAAUGGGCCAAAAUUCACCCAACUAAUUGUGGGAAGCUUGUGGAAGGCUACCGAAUCGUUUGACCCAAGUUAAAUAAUUUAAAGGCAAUGCUACCAAAUACUAAUUGAGUGUAUGUAAACUUCUGACCCACUGGGAAUGUGAUGAAAGAAAUAAAAGCUGAAAUAAAUCAUUCUCUCAACUGUUAUUCUGACAUUUCACAUUCUUAAAAUAAAGUGGUGAUCCUAACUGACCUAAGACAGGGAAUUUUUACUAGGAUUAAAUGUCAGGAAUUGUGAAAAACUGAGUUUAAAUGUAUUUGGCAAAGGUAUACGUAAACUUCCGACUUCAACUGUAAAUAAGGUAUUUCAGUUUUUUUAUUUUUAAUAAAUUUGCAAACAUUUUCUAAACCUUUUUUUGCUUUGUCAUUAUGGGGUAUUGUGUGUAGUUUGAGGAUUAUUUUUUUUUAAAAAAAAAUCCAUUAUAGAAUAAGGCUGUAACGUAACAAAAUGUGGAAAAAGUCAAGGGGUCUGAAUACUUUCCGAAUGCACUGUAAAUACAUUUUGAUUGAUUUUAGAUUGAUAUUCCACGAAUUUGGACAACUUGCGAUACUAUAGGAUAUUACAUUCUGUGUCGGUAUCUCUCCCAGGCUUUCCUAGUCCAGUACGUCCCUUGGGUCCAUCCUUCGGUAUCCAUGUUGUGGUUUGUCUGUUUCAGAGUAUGAGAAGAAGGGAGCUCCUAGUAACUUUGUUGACCAGGUGUUUGGUGGGGAGAUGACCAGCACGGUCAUGUGUCAGCAAUGCAAGACGGUACGUACAGAAACCUAAGAGACAGAAAACGGAACAGAUCAAAAUCCACUUAGCUUGAGUUUCUAACCUGUUACACCAACUGUGUCAGAGCAAGAAGCCAAGAGCUGAACGAUACUAAAGGUCAUCCAUCCCCUGUGAACACCUUUUGACCCCUAACAACAACAACAACAACAACAACAACAACAACAACACAUCCAUAUGUUGCAUGUCUGUUGUUUAUUUUGUAGGUGUCUUUGGUCAAGGAGAUGUUUCUGGAUCUGUCUCUUCCUGUCUCAGACCAGGUAAUGAUGAUAGGUUUGUCUUUUUGUACGCGUCUUUUUGUAUGACAUCAUGAAAACAACAUGUGCACUGGCUGUGUAUGACAUCAUCAAAACGAGCACUGGCUGCGUAUGGCAUGAAAACGUGUGCGCUGGCUGUGUAUGACAUCAUGAAAACGUGCACUGGCUGUGUAAAUGGACACAUUAAAAAACUGCACACUGAGCUGUGUCAUACACAUGAAACGUGCGCUGGCUGCAUAUGAAAACAACAUGUACACAAGCUGUGUAUGACAUCAUCAAAACAUGCUGUCAUUCCAUGAUGGAUGAGGACAUUUCCUUGAUGUUUUACCAGCCGUUUAUCUUCUGGGUAUAGCCUAGCUGUUUAUGGUUCAUGUUAUGCCAUGCUAUGCUAUGCUAUGUUAUGCUAUGUUAUGCUAUGUUAUGCUAUGCUAUGUUAUGCCAUGCUAUGCUAUGCUAUGCUAUGUUAUGCUAUGCUUAUGCCAUGCUAUGCUAUGUUAUGCUAUGUUAUGCUAUGCUAUGUUAUGCCAUGCUAUGUUAUGCCAUGCUAUGCUAUGGCAUGUUACCGUUAUGCUAUACUGCUUUAACGUCAUGGUUGCUGCUGUCUCUCAGGCCUACAGGAAGAAGAGUCAGAAGAACGGAACAGGGAACCAGAAGGCUAGCAGUAAGGUGAAAUAUAAUAACGGAGACAGCCCUAGCCCUGUCUCCAUGACCAACGGUGACAGUGAUGACCUUCCUACUGGCGUGGGCAGCAAGUACCAGCAGAAGAAGCAGAAGAAACAGGCCAAGAAACAGGCCAAGGUACAGUUAGGAACAUUCUGGUACCCUGUUCUCAAUAAACUUGUCAUUUUUAUUUUAUGAUAUAGUGCACCACUUUUGAGCAGAGCUCAGUGAAUAGUGCACUAUAAAGUUUAAAGUUUUAUUAGUCGUAUGUACAGGAUACACAUGGUAUACGCUGUCCAACGAAAUGCUUACAGGCAGGUUCCUUCUGGACAACGCAACAACAAUAAGAAAUACUACCAUUAUAAGAAUAGGAACAUAAAGUAAAUUACUCAGUAGAACAGCAUAAACAUUUUAGUAUCGUACAGGAAGGCCCAGUUUAUAGUCCAAUAUUUACACGUGUGUCAGGGAAGGGGGGAUUGAGGGGCAAGUGUUUAAAUAGUUCAGUAUUAGCAAUAAUAAUAACAGUCUGGUAGCAGCAGUUGUGAUGUGUGGGUGUGUAGCAUGUGUGUGUAUGUCUGUGUUGGUGUGUACGUGAGUGUGUAUGUCUGUGUUGGUGUGUGUGUGUGUAUAGGUGUGUGUUGGUGUGAGUGUGUAUGGGUGUGUGUGGUGUGUACGUGUGUGAGUCCAUGUGUGCUAAAGUACAGAGAGAAUGGGCCAUCUGGUCAAACGUAGUGCACUAUAUAGGGAAUAGGGUGCCAUUUGUGUAGCAUACAUUGUCAAUGCAGUAUUAAAGUAGAAGCAAUAGAAGUAUUAAAGCAGCAGUAGUAGUAUUAAAGCAGAAAUAUUGUAGCAGUGUGGAAGCAGUAGAAAUAUGAAAGCAGUUGCAGUAUCAAAGCAUUAGCUGUAUUAAAGCAAUAGAAGUGUGGAAGCUGUAUUAAAGCAGUAGCUGUAUUAAAGCAAUAGAAGUGUGGAAGCUGUAUUAAAGCAGUAGCUGUAUUAAAGCAGUAGCAGUGUGGUAGCAGUAUUAAAGCAGUAUAUGUAUUAAAGCAGUAGCAGUGUGGUAGCUGUAUUAAAGCAGUAGCAGUGUGGUAGCUGUAUUAAAGCAGUAGCUGUAUUAAAGCAGUAGCAGCGUGGUAGCUGUAUUAAAGCAGUAGCUGUAUUAAAGCAGUAGCAGCGUGGUAGCUGUAUUAAAGCAGUAGAUGUAUUAAAGCAGUAGAAGUAUGGUAGCUGUAUUAACGCAGUAGCUGUAUUAAAGCAGUAGCUGUAUUAAAGCAGUAGAAGUAUGGUAGCUGUAUUAAAGCAGUAGAUGUAUUAAAGCAGUAGCAGUAUUAAAGCAGUAGAAGUAUGGUAGCUGUAUUAAAGCAGUAGAUGUAUUAAAGCAGUAGAAGUAUGGUAGCUGUAUUAAAGCAGUAGCUGUAUUAAAUCAGUAGCUGUAUUAAAGUAGUAGAAGUGUGGUAGCAGUAUUCAAUCAGUAGCUGUAUUAAAGCAGUAGCAGUGUGGUAGCUGUAUUAAAGCAGUAGCUGUAUUAAAGCAGUAGCAGCGUGGUAGCAGUAUUAAAGCAGUAGCUGUAUUAAAGCAGUAGCAGUGUGGUAGCAGUAUUAAAGCAGUAGCUGUAUUAAAGCAGUAGCUGUAUUAAAGCAGUAGCAGUGUGGUAGCUGUAUUAAAGCAGUAGCUGUAUUAAAGCAGUAGCAGUGUGGUAGCAGUAUUAAAGCAGUAGCUGUAUUAAAGCAGUAGCUGUAUUAAAGCAGUAGCAAGUGUGGUAGCUGUAUUAAAGGCAGUAGCUGAAUUAAAGCAGUAGGCAGUUGUGGUAGUCCUGUAUUAAAGCAGUAGUAGAUGUAUUUAAAGCAUUAGGAAGUAUGAUGGUAGCUGUAUUAAAGCAGUAGAUAGCGGUAUUUAAAGCAAGUAGCAGGUGGUAGCAGUAUUAAAAAGCAGGACUAGUAUUAAAGCAGUAGGCAUGUAGCUGUAUUACCAUCACGCCCAUUAAAGGUAGCAGUGUGGUAAGCUGUAUUAAGCAGUAGCCUGUAUUAAAGCAAGUAGCAGUGUAUUAAGCCGUAGCAGUAUUAAGCAGUACUGUAUUUAAAGCAGUAGAUGUAUAAAAGCAGUAGCGGUGUGGUAGCUGUAUUUAAAGCAGUAGCUGUCUUUAAAGCAAGUAGCAGUGUGGUAGCUGUAUUAAAGCAUAGUAGCUGUAUUAAAGUCAGUUAGCUUGUAUAAAGCAGUAGCAGUGUGGGUAGCAGUAUUAAAGCAGUAGCUUGUAGUUAAAGGCAGUAAGCUUGUAUUAACGCAGUAGCCUGUGGUAUCAGUAUUAGCAGUAGUUAAGAGUUAGCUGUAUUAAAGCAGUAGCUGUAUUAAAGCAGUAGCAGUGUGGUAGCAGUAUUAAAGCAGUUAGCUGUAUUAAAGCAGUUUAGCUGUAUUAAAGCAGUAGCAGGUGGUAGCGUAUUAAGCAGUAGUGUAUAAGCAGUAAGUGGUAGCUGUAUUGAAAGCAGUAGCUGUAUUAAAGCAGUAGCGCAGGUGGUAGCAGUAUUAAAGCAUAGCAGUAGCUGGGUAUGUAUUAAGCAGUAGCUGUAUUAAAGCAGUAGAAGUGUGGUUAGCUGUAUUAAGCAGAGCAUGUAUUACAGGUAGCUUAUUAAAGCAGUAGCAGUGGUAGCUGUAUUGAAGCAGUAGCUGUAUAAAGCAGUAGCAGUGAGUGGUAGCAGUAUUAAAGCAGUAGCGUAGUAACGCAGGUAGCUGAUUGAAGCAGGUAUUAAAGCAGUAAUGUAUUAAAGCAGUAGACAGUGUGGUAGCUGUAAGACUGUAUGGAAGCAGUAGCGUAUGUACAGCGGUAGCUGUAUUAAAGCAGUAGCAGUGGGUGGUAGCGUUAUGAAGCAGUAGCUGUAUUAAAAGCAGUAGCAGGAGGUAGCAGUAUUAAAGCAGUAGCUGUGUAUUAAAGCAGUAGAGUGUGGUAGCGUAUUAAGCAGUUAGCUGUAUUAAAGCAGUAGCAUGUAUUAAGCAGUAGCAGUGUCGUAGCUGUAUUAAAGCAGUAGCAUGUAUUUAAGAGUAGCUGUAUUAAAGCAGUAGAGUGUGGUAGCUAGUAUUAAGCAGUAGCUGUAUUAAAGCAGUAGAAGUGAGGUAGCAGUAUUAAAGCAGUAGCUGUAUUAAAGCAGUAGCAGUGUGGUAGCUGUAUUAAAGCAGUAGCAGUAGUAGGUAGUGUAUUAAAGCAAGCAGUAAAAGCAGUGAGAGUGUGGCAGUGUUAAAGCAGUAGCUGUAUUAAAGCAGAGAGUGAGUAGCUGUAUUAAAGCAGUAGCAUGUAUUAAGCAGUAGUAGUGUGGUAGCUGUAUUAAAGCAGUAGCUGUAUUAAAGCAGUAGAAGUGUGGUAGCUGUAUUAAAGCAGUAGCAGUAUUAAAGCAGUAGCAGUGUGGUAGCUGUAUUAAAGCAGUAGCAGUAUUAAAGCAAGUGAGUAUGGUAGCUGUAUUAAAGCAGUAGCUGUAUUAAAGCAGUAGCAGUGAGGUAGCAGUGUUAAAGCAGUAGCUGUAUUAAAGCAGUAGAAGUGAUGGUAGCUUAUUAAAGCAGUAGCUGUAUUAAAGCAGUAGAAGUUGAGGUAUGAGCUGUAUUAAAGCAGUAGCUGUAUUAAAGCAGUAGCAGUAGAUGGGUAGCUGUAUUAAAGCAGUAGCUGUAUUAAAGCAGUAGAAGUGAUGGUAGCAUGUAUUAAAGCAGUAGCUGUAUUAAAGCAGUAAGCAGUGAGGUAGCAGUGUUUAAAGGCAGUAGUGUAUUAAAGCAGUAGCGUAUUGAAGGUAGCUGUAUUAAAGCAGUAGCUGUAUUAAGCAGUAGAAGUGAGGUAGCUAGUUUAAAGCAGUAGCUGUAUUAAAGCAGUAGCAGUGAGGUAGCUGUAUAAAGCAGUAGCUGUAUUAAGCAGUAGCUAGUUGAGGGUGAGCAGUGUUAAAGCAGUGAUGUAUUAAAGCAGUAGUAAGCAGUGAAGGUAGCAGUGUUAUACAGCAGGUGAGUAUUAAAGCUAGUUAGCUGUAUUAAGCAGUAGCUGUAUUAAAGCAGUAGCAGUGAUGGUAGCGUUGAAGCAGUAACGUAUUAAAGCAGUGACUAGUAUUAAAGCAGUAGCAGUGAGGUAGCAGUGUUGAGCAGUAGCUGUAUUGAAAGCAAGUAGCAUGAGGUGCAGGUAUUAAAGCAGUAGCUGUAUUAAAGCAGUAGAUGAGUAUGAUAAGCAGUAGCUGUAUUUAAAGCAGUAGUAGUGUGGUAGCUGUAUAAGCAGUAGAUGUAUUAAAGCAGUAGAGUGAGGUAGCAGUAUAAAGCAGUAGAGUAUUAAAGCAGUAGCGUUAAGUUAGCUUUUGUAGCAUUGUUUAACCACACUCUAAUGUCUGUGUCCUGUCUGUGUCCACAGAACCAGAGACGUCAGCAGACGCUAGUCACCCUGGACAGCCUCACACCUUCGGAGAACACCGCGGAGAGCCCAUCCCCAGCAGAGGAAGGGGAGGAAGGGAAGGAUGCAGAGGGAGUGGAGGAGGAGUCUCUGGGUGAGAACCAAUCAUCAGAGGCCGAGAGGUCCGAGGCUGCUCCCUCAGAGCAGGACCAAGAGAAACCUCAGGGGGCUGGGCACAGAGAGAAAGAGGAGGAGGAGGAUUGUGAACCAGUGGCUAUAUGGUCUGUGUCCAACAACCACUCCACUGUGAUGUCAGAAGAGCAGAGUCCCCAGUCCACUGAGGGGGUCGUAAAAGGAGACGGACACGAGGCUGAACAGAGAGGAGAGGAGGAGGAGGAGGAUGAUGCAGCCAAACCGUCUGGAGAUGAAGAGGAGGAAGAGACCAAAGUGACAGACAAGCUGGGUGAACUAUCUCUGAACGAAGCUUUCCUAGCCUCUGAGGACACAGACCUGGAGCUGGGGAGUAGAGACGGAGACACGUCUGCUGAGACAGGUAAUGCUGCGUUUUGACCAGGGCUCUUCUUCUGACCCCUAAGUUUUAUUUUUCACCUUUUUGCUUUAUUGCAGAGCGAAAGACGUUUAGGGACCGGGAAGAAAAUGCAAUAACAUAAAAAACAUUCCCGAAUGACAUCAGUUUGACCGGUUGUAAGGAAAUAGAAAGCUGUGGUAAACGACCCAACGUGUUUCUAAUAAGAUUUCAGUUUGGCUUGGAUGCAUAUUUUAUGUGGUUGAAAUACUAUCAGCUUUUUUUUUUUUUACUGCAAGAAAUGCUUCAUUCUGCAGGAGGUAAUAUUAAGGCUAUGUGAGAGAUUAUAGACCUACAGUCAGUGUCCAGAUUUCAUUUUCCAUUCAACCCAUCUGAACGGUAGGCUACAGUUCCCUUGACCUGCCAUAGGCCUAUUUGAAGUCCCCGUCUUGUGACUGUCGAAUUUGUAUAGAGUCUCUCACAAUCAUCACACGUAACACAGCAGACACUGCUACCAUCCUCUUUUACCACUUCACCUAAUCUUUCCCAAACAUGACUUUAAUGACCCUCCCUUCUAUUUAUCUUCAACUCUCCAUUUCACAGCUUUUCUCUUAUUGAAUUAAAGUCCCACAUUGUCCUUUUUGCCUCCGUGGAUGAACUUGAACUUUUUCUGCCCGUUCCCAAAAGCAUUUGAUGAUUGGUGUGUAGGGUAUUUGGAGCACGGACAGUCAGGUACCAGAGUUGCCUAUACAGUGGCAUUAGGAAAGUAUUCAGACCCCACAGGCUUUUUCCACAUUUUGUUACGUUACAACCUUGUUCUAAAAUGGAUUAGAACUGAAAUGUUUUUUUCACACAAUACCCCAUAAUGACGAAGCAAAAACAGGUUUUUAGAAAUGUUUGCAAUUUUUUAUUUUAUUUUUUAUUUUACUGAAAUAUCACAUUUACUUAAGUAUUCAGACCCUUUACUCAGUACUUUGUUGAAGCACCUUUGGCAACCUUGAGUCUUCUUGGGUAUGACGCUACAAGCUUGGCACACCUGUAUUUGGAGAGUUUCUCCCAUUCUUCUUUGGAGAUCCUCUCAAGCUCUGUCAGGUUGGAUGGGGAGUGUUACUGCACAGCUAUUUUCAGGUCUCUCCAGAGAUGUUUGAUCGGGUUCAAGUCUGAGCUCUGGCUGGGCCACUCAAGGACAUUCAGAGACUUUUCCCGAAGCCACUCCUGUGUUGUCUUGGCUGUGUGCUUAGGAUCGUUGUCCUGUUGGAAGGUGAUCCUUGGCCCCCAGUCUGAGGUCCUGAGCGCUCUGGAGCAGGUUUUCAUCAAGGAUCUCUCUGUACUUUGCUCCAUUAAUCUUUCCCUCGAUCCUGACUAGUCUCCCAGUCCCUGCCACUGAAAAACAUCCCCACAGCAUGAUGCUGCCACCACCAUGCUUCACCUUAGGGAUGGGGCCAGGUUUCCUCCAGAUGUAACGCUUGGCAUUCAGGCCAAAGAGUUCAAUCUUGGUUUCAUCAGACCAGAGAAUCUUGUUUCUCAUAGUCUGAGAGUCCUUUAGGUGCCUUUUGGCAAACUCCAAGCGGGCUGUCGUGCCUUUUACUGAGGAGUGGCUUCCGUCUGGCCACUCUACCAUAAAGGCCUGAUUGGUGGAGUGCUGCAGAGAUGGUUGUCCUUCUGGAAGGUUCUCCCAUCUCCACAGAGAAACUGUGGAGCUCUGUCAGAGUGACCAUUGGAUUCUUGGUCACCUCCCUGACCAAGGCCCUUGUCCCCCGAUUCCUCAGUUUGGCUGGGCGGCCAGCUCUAGGAAGAGUCUUGGUGGUUCCAAACUUCUUCCAUUUAAGAAUGAUGGAGGCCACUGUGUUCUUGGGGGACCUUCAAUGCUGCAGAAAUGUUUUGGUACCCUUCCCCAGAUGUGUGCCUCGACACAAUCCUGUCUCGGAGCUCUACGGACAAUUCCUUCGACCUCAUGGCUUGGUUUUUGCGCUGACAUGCACUGUCAACUGUGGAACCUUAUAUAGACAGGUGUGUGCCUUUCCAAAUCAUGUCCAAUCAAUUGAAUUUACCACAGAUGGACUUCAAUCAAGUUGUAGAAACAUCUCAAGGAUGAUCAAUGGAAACAGGAUGCACCUGAGCUCAAUUUCGAGUCUCAUAGCAAAGGGUCUGAAUACUUAUGUACAUAAAGUCCAUUUUGCCACCAUGCUUUUUAUUUGUAAUACAUUUGCACACAAAAAAAAACUGUUUUUCACUUCAUCAUUAUGGGGUAUAGUGUGUUGAUUGAUGUGGAUUUUUAUUUAUUUAAUCCAUUUUAUAAUAAGACUGCAACAUAACGAAAUGUGGAAAAGGGAAGGAGUCUGAAUACUUUCCAAAUGCACUGUAGAUAUAAAUGGCAAAAAAAUGAUACAUUUAUGGAUUUUUUAAGGUAUCGUUUUCUCUCUAUUCAUUCUGCCAGCAACCCGCCCUUCAGCCACGCUAUUUAAUUACCCUUAACCAACCCGCCCUUCAGCCACGCUAUUUAAUUACCCUUAACCAACCCGCCCCGCGGAUAGAACCACUAGUAUGAAUGUCAAUUUCAUAUAGUCCUGUUUGUAUCGUGUUGUUUAAAGUUACUAAACAUUUAUAUUUUGUUAAUGUUUAUUUAAAAAUGUAAUUCCUAAAAAUAGAAAUGGAGACUGAGCUGGAGGGGAAGGAGUACACAGUCUCUCACCUGGACCCUGAGCUGGCCUUUCACACGCUGGCCACCAGGGCGGCGCCAGAGAAACAGGAGUGCUCUGUGGAGUCCUGUCUGUACCAGUUCACAGAGGUAGAGAACCUCACUCAGAAUAACUCUCUUCUCUGUGUCACCUGCACCAAGAGACAGACCAAAAACAAGGCUGCAGAAGGUACGUUUUAGAAAUAUUCUGUCCCAUGUUUUUCAACAUAUGUUUUUUUUUCUCUCAUUGAAUUGAUCUUUUAAACUAAUGAAUAUGAAUGGUCGUUCUGUUUGGUCCUGCUCCAGACAUGAUGUGUGUGUGUAUACACAGGGGGCAGGACAGUGUUGGGUUGGUACCAACAGUAGGUCUUGGAUGCCACUUUGUGUUUUUGUUGGGUAGGCCAUUUUUACGAAGCAACAAACUAGCGAGGUGACACAUUGUGUGUGACAGACGUGGUUUUGCCAUUUGAAUUUGACUGGCACCCCAACGAAAAGAAUGGAGUCCUCGCGGGCUACCCCAGGACAGUAUGAGCAGGACGGUACCACAGGACAGAGCAAGGACUUUAGCAGCAGGACUGGUAACACACAGGACAGGUACGCAGCAGGCAACACAGCAGACGAAACCGCAGGCAGUGACAGGGGACAGUAGGACAGUACGCAGCGGCAGUACACAGGACAGUAGGACAGUAGGACAGACAGCACAGGCAGCACACAGCAGGACAGUAGACAGCAGGACAGUACGCAGCAUGGACAGUAGGACAGCAACGUAGGACAGUACGCAGCGGGGACAAACGACUAGGCAGUAGGACACACGCAAGCAGGACAGUACGCAGCAGGACAGUAGGACAGCAGGACAGUACGCAGCAGGACAGCAGGACAGUAGGCAGUACCGCGGACAGUAGGACGAGCAGGCAGGCACCCAGCAGGACAGUAGGACAGCAGGACAGUACGCAGCAGGACAGUAGGACAGCAGGACAGUAGGACAGUACGCAGCAGGGCAGCACACAGCAGGACAGUAGGACAGUAGGACAGUAGGACAGCACGCAGCAGGACAGUACGCAGCAGGACAGUAGGACAGCAGGACAGUACGCAGCAGACAGAAACAGGGACAGUAGGACAGUAACGCAGCAGGCCCAUAGGACAGUAGGACAGCACGCAGAUAGACAGUACGCAGCAGGACAGUAGGACAGCAGGACAUACGCAGCAGACAGUAGGACAAGGACAACGCCUGGACGAAACAGCAGGCAGCAGGGCGACCACAUGACAGUAGGACAGCAGGACAGUAGAGCAGGACUGGGAAGCAGGACAGUACAGCAGGACAGAGACAAGUAGGACAGCCAGGACAGUAGGACGAGACACAUAGGACAAGCAGCAGCAGGGAGCACCAGCGGGACGUGGGGACAGAGGACAUACGCAGAGGAA